CCCAUGGCCUAUCCCGAGGUCCCCGCCCUCCCCGCGUCUACUCGGCCGGCAUAUGCUCCUCCAAAGUUCGCACGUAAACCAUAUGCUCAGGACUCCGCCACCAACUCCGAGACAUCCUCACGAGCGUCCCCGUGCCCGUCUCACCCUGAACUCACGAUAGAGAAAUCCAAAUCGGCCCAAAACGGCAGCGCCAAAUUUGCCUCCCCGUUGUCCCCCAGCUCGCUGCAGCAACUCCAGCCCCAUGCUACAACUGCGCCGAUGACGCCUGCAAAGCGAAAACGCACCUACGCAUGCCCGUACCCGGAUUGCGGUGAGACGUUCACACGCAAGAUGGACCGCAGCCGGCACAUGCAGCACGCGUGCAGGUCUGAGUCCGCGGAAGCGCAAGCGGCGAGGCGGGAGCACCCCGCGCCGGUCUGGCACUGCCCCGUCUGCGGCAAGGUGCUCUCGCGGCGGGACGCGACGGAGCGACACAUCCUGAAAGGGACGUGUGUAAAGGGACGAUGCGGAAUGUGCGGAGAUCGAAUGACGGAGCGGGCGAUUAAAGGGCACAUGGACGACAUGGGCAAAGGGAAUAUGAAAUGUUUCUCGGCAAAGCUUGCCACGAAGGCGGCGAAGAAGUCGAAGAAACGCAAGCUCGAGGAUAAAGAGGAUGAAGAAGAAGAACUUGAGGUCGAGGUAGUGCUUGGCGAGGAUGAACUCGAAGACGAACUGGAGAGCGAAGACGGCGGAGAAGGAUCUCAGGAUAAAAAGGCAGCUGUGAAAGACGAGGGUAAGUUUGGGAAUGAGUAAUGGGCAGUCGAGUGGUUUUCCUACGACAUGUAUAGUUUGUAGAUAACGACAUUCACGUUCAA